CUAUGAAUCUGAAAUCAAUGGUAUUGGAAACCGAAAAUCAGGUAGCCAUAUUUGAACCCAAAAGUCAUGGAGACAGAUUUGAAAGAAGGUGUCAUAGAAAUUUGAUUUGAAACCAGAUUUAGCGCAUUUGAAACAGGUGUAAAUAGGACCUUGCACUCUGACAAGAAUGUAGGCAGGCACGCAGUCUGGCCUAUCACCCGCAUGAGAGAAAAAGUGGAACGCGGCCAAAAGAAGCCUAAUGCCAUUGUCCGCUCAUUAGUUGGCGGUCCGUGAUUGCAGAACGGUGGCCUCCCGACUAACCCGCUUAUUAAAGCGGCCUCCCUCCACAUUCCUGGCUUAAAUCUCUUUCUCCAAAUCCACACGCCCGCUUUUAUUAUGGACGGAAGCUAUCCCCAGACACAUCGCAACACUUCUUUCUGAGUGGACGUUUGAGGACAACUGGAAGUUAGUUGGUCCUCCGGAGAUGGACUUCCUGUCGGGCAGUGCCAGGGUUCGCUCCGACAGCGCAACGAGUGGCACUUCCACGUCAUCAUCGUCGUCCAGAAUGCUUCUACGCCAGAGGUUGGCUCAGCUCCUGAGUCGCAUCGACGACAUGAGCUCGGAGGACGAAGCCAGCGAAGAGAUGUCGCGUACGCUGGAUGACGCCUUUCAGCUAUGCUCGCGCUUUGCACCUCCCACCCACACCUUCAGGCUGCACAUGGUGACGUGGAAUGUCGCCACAGCAGAACCUCCUGAUGAUGUUACGUCGCUGCUACAACUCGAUGUACAGCCGCCCACCGAUAUCUACGUAAUUGGCCUGCAGGAAGUAUGCGCCACGCCUGUCCGCUUCAUCUCUGACUUGAUUGUGGAAGACUCGUGGAGUCACAUUUUCAUGGACACUCUGGCACCGCGAGGCUUUGUCAAGGUGGCAUCAGUGAGGAUGCAGGGUUUGCUGCUUUUGGUAUUCUCCAAACAGUCGCACCUGCCUUACAUCCGAGACAUCCACAGCACGUAUACCCGCACUGGGAUCUUCGGAUACUGGGGCAACAAAGGCGCAGUAUCUGUGCGUUUUUCCUUGUAUGGUCACAAGGUGUGCUUCCUUAACUGCCACCUGGCGGCGCACAUGAGCCACGCCUUGCAGCGUGUCGACGAGUUCGAACACAUCCUUGACACGCAGGAGUUCGACACUGACGACACGCGUCGAGUGCUGGACCACAAGCUGGUGUUUUGGUUCGGUGACUUGAACUUCCGCAUCGCAGACCAUGGCUUGCACUUCCUGCGCUCGUCCAUCAAUGACGGACGUCUCAACCUGCUGUGGAGCAAGGACCAGCUGCUGACCAUGAAGAAAAAGGAAGCCUUCCUGCAGGAAUUUGAGGAGGGUCCUUUGAAUUUCAAGCCCACCUACAAGUUCAGCAGGAACUCUGACACCUACGACCUGGGCGGUAAGAAGAGGAAGCCGGCCUGGACUGAUCGCAUCCUGUGGCGUGUGAAACCCAAAAACACAGCUUCGGAAGGUGACGACGACGACAAGACCUCGACUUCCACGGAAGACGGCCUGGAUGAUUACCCUAUGGUGGUGACUCAGGAUAAAUACACCAGUGACAUGAGCUACAGAGUCAGUGACCAUAAGCCUGUCAUGGCGAGCUUCAGCCUGGAGCUGAGGAAACACUUUGACACUCCGCUGGUCCACAUAUCGCCUGAGGGUGUUUGGAGUGCUGACCAAGAUGCUCUCCUCAACUACACCGUCCAGGAAGACUUCCUCUCCUCUACGUGGGACUGGAUUGGCCUGUACAAGGUUGGCUUUAAGAGCUCGAGCGACUACGAGACUUUUGUGUGGGUUCGAGAGAACGAGCUUCCGGAGGUUGACGAAGUCAUUCAGAUCUCCGUGGAUAAGGAUGACAUCCCUCUGCUAGGCGGACAGUACGUCUUGGGCUACUAUAGUACCAACAUGCAGAGCAUCAUUGGUCUCAGUGUGAACUUUCAGAUCUUGGAGUCAAAACGUGCUGUCAUGGAAGGUCUGGUGCCAGAGAACAUCAACGGGCUCACCAAAUAAAAUUAGAUACCGUUGUGUCUUGUCAAACUCCAACUUGAUCCGAGAUCAAAGCACUGCAACGUCACCGAUGUCAUGAAAUGUCUUAUCAUUUGAUUACCAGGCCUAAGAUGUAAUCAUUUAAUCAUAAAAGACGAAGACAUGUCAAUUAAUGUAAUUCAGCAACAUGUAUUUGGCGAGUCAUUAACGAGGGACCUGUCGAUACAUUCUUGAAAAAUGAAUGAUGGUGACUUGUGAUUAAUUUAGGAAUUAAUCUCUUCGUAUUGAUUUUCAAAAUGUAUUAAAUGAUUUUUUUCUGUGUGCAUUUUUAGUCAAAUUAAGUGACUUUUGAACUUAUGUCAAUUUAUGUAAAAGUGCUGAAUGUGCCUAAUUAAAGUGGAAACGGCAAAUGAGUGGUAUGAAAUAAAAUUAUUUAUUUAACAUACUGUAAUUUGUGGUCAAGAUACAUGGGCAGAUAAAGGUGCAUAUACCUUUUCAGCACAAAUGCAAGCAAUAAUUUUGAAUAUGUUAUUUGGAUGUGUUAAAUUAAAUAAAAUGUU